CAGGCGGCUCUCAGCGCUGUGGAUGUGCCUCAUUAUCACAGUCCUCCCGGCACAGCUUCAGCAUGUCCUGCAUCAGUCCUCCCCCACGUCCCCGCCGAUAGAGCCGCCCCUCCUGCCGCUCACCUCCCCGGCUCAGGGAAGCGCAGCCGCCCGCCGGAGCCAUAAACCUGCUAGAGAGGGGCGCAACCGGCGGAAUAGACAGACGAGGAAAUAUGGCGAGCGACUCCCCAGCCCGCAGCCUGGAUGAGAUAGACCUGUCAGCGCUGAGGGAUCCUGCAGGAAUUUUUGAACUAGUAGAACUUGUUGGAAAUGGCACAUAUGGGCAAGUUUACAAGGGUCGCCAUGUUAAAACUGGGCAACUUGCGGCCAUUAAGGUCAUGGACGUCACAGGGGAUGAAGAAGAAGAGAUCAAACAAGAAAUUAACAUGCUCAAGAAGUAUUCUCAUCACAGGAAUAUUGCCACAUAUUAUGGGGCAUUCAUAAAAAAGAACCCCCCUGGAAUGGAUGACCAGUUAUGGCUGGUGAUGGAGUUUUGUGGUGCUGGAUCCGUUACAGAUUUAAUCAAGAACACCAAAGGCAAUACGUUGAAAGAAGAGUGGAUUGCGUACAUUUGCAGGGAGAUCUUGCGGGGUCUGAGUCAUCUGCACCAGCACAAGGUGAUUCAUCGAGAUAUUAAGGGGCAAAAUGUCUUGCUGACAGAAAAUGCUGAAGUUAAACUAGUGGAUUUUGGUGUGAGUGCACAGUUAGACAGGACAGUAGGAAGAAGAAAUACUUUCAUUGGUACUCCAUAUUGGAUGGCUCCUGAAGUCAUUGCCUGCGAUGAAAACCCAGAUGCAACCUAUGACUUUAAGAGCGAUUUGUGGUCCUUAGGAAUAACAGCCAUAGAGAUGGCAGAAGGAGCUCCUCCACUCUGUGAUAUGCAUCCCAUGAGAGCCCUUUUUCUAAUCCCUCGGAAUCCAGCUCCCAGAUUGAAAUCGAAGAAAUGGUCUAAAAAAUUUCAGUCCUUUAUUGAGAGCUGUCUUGUAAAGAACCAUAGCCAAAGACCUACAACAGAGCAGCUUAUGAAGCAUCCAUUCAUAAGAGACCAACCAAAUGAGAGACAAGUUCGAAUUCAGCUCAAGGAUCACAUCGAUAGAACAAAGAAAAAAAGAGGAGAAAAAGAUGAAACAGAAUAUGAAUAUAGUGGAAGUGAAGAAGAGGAGGAAGAUAAUGAUUCAGGGGAACCAAGCUCAAUUUUAAAUCUACCUGGGGAGUCCACCCUAAGACGGGAUUUUUUGAGGCUGCAGUUGGCUAACAAGGAACGUUCAGAAGCCCUUAGACGUCAGCAACUGGAACAGCAGCAACGUGAGAAUGAAGAACACAAAAGACAGCUUCUGGCAGAGAGGCAAAAACGCAUUGAAGAGCAAAAAGAACAAAGGCGACGCUUAGAAGAGCAGCAAAGACGAGAAAAGGAGGUAAGGAAACAGCAGGAGAGAGACCAACGUCGGCGUUACGAGGAGCAAAUGCGCAGAGAGGAGGAACGAAGAAGGGCUGAGCAUGAGAAGGAGUACAUAAGGCGACAGCUAGAGGAAGAGCAGAGGCAAUUAGAGAUCUUGCAGCAGCAAUUACUGCAGGAACAAGCCCUGCUUCUGGAGUAUAAGCGCAAGCAGCUAGAAGAACAAAGGCAAGCGGAAAGGUUACAAAGGCAACUGCAACAGGAAAGAGACUACUUGGUCUCUCUGCAGCAGCAACAGCAGCAGCAGCGGCAACAGGAGCAAAGACCACCUGACAAGAAGCCCUUAUAUCAUUACAAGGAAGGACUGAACCCUGCAGAGAAGCCAGCAUGGGCAAAAGAGGUUCAACAGCGAUCUCUUAGUAAUUCGCCUGUUCUUCCAGCUAAGCAGCAGCACACUUCUGUUAUCGAGCAGCAGGUGCCCCUGGUAACCAAAGAUGCAUCUACUAGUUGGCAACCCUCAACUAGGCCAAAUUCCCAGAACCUGCAAGCCUCAGGUCGUGUGAAAAUGGACAACUUAGCUCUACCCAUGAUAUUGCCUUCAAUUCAGAUUUCAGGGCCCUGGUCACAAGCAACACAGAGUGAAGUGCAAUCUCUAGAUGACGAAGUGAGAUUCUUACUCCAAGUGAACUCACAAGAAAAUGAACCAGGGAGAAAAUCAGUAACUUCCCUUAAAGGGUCCCGAUCACAAGGAUGUAGUCCAGCCAGGGACACGGGAUUUGCCAAGGUGGAGGAGCGUUCUCGUCUCAAUCGUCAGAGCUCCCCUGCAAUGCCGCAUAAAGUAGCCAAUAGGAUAUCUGACCCAAACCUGCCUCCGAGAUCAGAGUCAUUCAGCAUCAGUGGGGUGCAGCCAGCACGAACACCGCCAAUGCACAGACAGAUAGACCCACAGCAACUUCCAAUGUUGGUGUCGGUGAAAGCCCCAGGACAAUCCCUCUCGGCCUCUCAAUCACUACAUGAACAGUCCGCUAAGGGCAUGUCCGCAUUCCAGGAAGGUAUUGUUUCUCACCGGCCUGAGAUGCCAAGACAGAAUUCAGACCCAACUUCUGAGAAUCCUCCUCUCCCUCCUCGCAUCGAGAAGUUUGAUCGUAGUUCUUGGUUACGUCAGGAAGAGGAUCUUCCACCAAAGGUGCCUCAAAGGACUACUUCUAUAUCUCCUGCACUAGCCCGGAAGAACUGCCCUGGGAAUGGCAGUAAUCUAGGAAGUAGACUGAGCACACAGCCUGUGAGAGCAAGUAACCCGGAUCUGAGAAGAACUGAAACAGUCAUAGAAAACCCCAUUCAAAGAACUAGCAGCGGAAGCUCCUCCAGCUCCAGCACUCCAAGCUCACAACCCAGCUCACAAGGAGGAUCACAGCCAGGAUCUCAUGCAGGUUCCAGUGAACGAAAUAGAGUUCGAGCAGGUAACAAUAAACCAGAAGGAUCUCCAUUGUUGCCUCACGAUGGACCCAACGUAAAAGCUGAAGACAAUAUGACGCGGCCAGGUCGACCAGCUGACUUGACUGCCUUAGCAAAAGAACUGAGGGAACUUCGCAUUGAGGAGACCAAUCGACCAAUGAAGAAGGUGACGGACUAUUCUUCAUCCAGUGAGGAAUCGGACAGUAGUGAAGAGGAAGAUGGUGAGAGUGAGACUCAAGAUGGAACUGUGCCAGUUAGCGACAUCCCACGUCUCAUACCAACUGGAAUGUCUGGAAAUAAUGAGCCAUAUAAUACAGGGACACCGAAUGUUGAAAACUCCCAAUCAGAGUCAUUCAGAAGUAACUCCAGGGAAGGGACUUUGAUGAUACGAGAGACAUCUGGAGAUAAAAAACGCUCUGGCCAUGCAGAAAGUAAUGGUUUUGCCGGCCACAUAAAUCUCCCUGACUUAGUUCAACAGAGCCACUCUCCGGUGGGUACUCCAACUGAGGCUUUAGGGAGAGGUUCAACGCAUGCACAGGAAAUGGAGACUGGGACUGAAUAUGGCAUGGGAAGCACCACCAAAUCAUCCUUUACUCCGUUUGUUGAUCCAAGAGUUUACCAGACUUCACCCACUGAUAAUGAUGAUGACGAUGAUGAAGAUGAUGAUGACGAUGAAGAGUCUUCUGCAACAGCCCUGUUUACUAGCGAACUGCUUAGACAAGAACAAGCCAAGCUGAAUGAGGCCAGAAAAAUAUCAGUGGUAAACGUGAACCCUACCAAUAUUCGUCCUCACAGCGAUACUCCAGAGAUCCGGAAAUACAAGAAACGCUUUAAUUCUGAGAUACUUUGUGCAGCAUUAUGGGGUGUAAACUUGCUGGUGGGCACAGAGAAUGGACUUAUGUUGUUGGAUCGAAGUGGGCAAGGAAAGGUCUACAACCUUAUCAACAGGCGGAGGUUUCAGCAGAUGGAUGUUCUAGAGGGCUUAAAUGUCCUUGUAACCAUAUCAGGGAAAAAGAACAAGCUAAGAGUGUACUACCUUUCCUGGUUGAGGAAUCGAAUAUUGCACAAUGAUCCAGAGGUGGAGAAGAAGCAGGGUUGGAUAACUGUAGGGGAAUUAGAAGGUUGUGUACAUUAUAAAGUUGUGAAAUAUGAAAGAAUCAAGUUCUUAGUUAUUGCAUUGAAGAAUGCUGUAGAGAUUUAUGCCUGGGCUCCAAAGCCAUAUCAUAAGUUUAUGGCUUUUAAGUCCUUUACAGAUCUACAACAUAAGCCAUUGCUUUGUGACUUGACUGUAGAAGAAGGUCAGAGAUUAAAAGUAAUAUUUGGCUCCAGCACUGGUUUUCAUGUCAUUGAUGUCGAUUCUGGAAAUACCUACGACAUCUACAUACCAUCUCAUAUUCAAGGUAACAUCACUCCACACGCCAUUGUCAUCUUACCUAAAACAGACGGCAUGGAAAUGCUUGUCUGCUACGAGGAUGAAGGGGUGUACGUAAACACCUACGGUCGAAUAACUAAAGAUGUGGUGCUUCAGUGGGGUGAAAUGCCAACUUCAGUAGCGUAUAUCCAUUCCAAUCAGAUAAUGGGCUGGGGAGAGAAAGCCAUUGAAAUACGUUCUGUGGAAACCGGACAUCUAGACGGGGUAUUCAUGCACAAGAGAGCCCAGAGGUUAAAAUUUCUGUGUGAAAGAAAUGAUAAGGUAUUCUUUGCGUCUGUGCGGUCAGGAGGCAGCAGUCAAGUCUUUUUUAUGACAUUGAACAGAAACUCCAUGAUGAACUGGUAACAACGGUUUCCAAGGAACUCUGUCCAAGGUGUUCUUUUUAAACUAGGUUUGGUUUUGUAGACGUGCAUCGCCUCGUGGAACUCUCUGCUGCCCCAGAAACUGUCCAGGCAUUCUUGUCUUCAACCCUGCUGAGUGCAGAUGACCUGGUAGCAGGUUGUGCAAGUGUUCAGCAACCUUGCCCUACAGCCAGAACAGAGACUUUGCACUUGAACACAGGAAAAACUGUGGCUGGGAGGUCCACAGACUGAGCUGUGUUAUAGUGGCUUGUUCAUUUUACCUUUUCAUUGUGUCUUAUUUUGUAAGAAUUGAAAAACUAAAAAGAAAAAAAAAAAAGUAUUGAGAUUUGAGCCAGUAUGUUGAUUCCUGUCUGCCUGCUCUAGCAUUCUCUAUAAUAUACCUAUGAUGUACAAUUACAUGAGACAGCACAAUAAUGUACCUUUUUUCUGUUUUGCUGAAAGCUAAAGCUGUAUAGCUGGGUAAUUAAAAGAAAAAACCUUUUUGCCUUCAUCAGCCUGAAUGUUGCUUUUUGAUAGCAACAGCCUAAAUCAUUUUUAUCUGAAAGCAAAGUUUCCUCUUCUUUUGGGAAACGUAAUUUAUAUGGCUAAACUAGCCGUAGUGGAAAGAAAUUGUAUGCCAUUAUUCAGUCUGUCUGCUCAUAUAGUCUAUGGAGACGUGCAAAUUGGUGUAUGUGGGUAUGGUGAUGAGCAGCAGGGUAAUGUGUGAAUUACCUGUGGUUUUCUUUUUGUAUAUUAUGCAAAAGGUCCGGGUGAAUAAUAUGAGAGCGUGUAGAUGAAGGCACCUUUUAAUUUUCAUUCACACUGAUUCAGCUAUUCAGAUAGAUGGCUAUUAGGCAAUAAUAGGAAUUUUGCCAAUAUUGUCACAGUGACACUUUCUAGUAUUAAUAAAUUCUGGAGUCAGGAGCUUCUGAGAGACUGUGGCCAAUUUGUUCAAAGAUUGGUCAAAAAUACAUGUUUCUAACCAAAGGAUGCCCCAGUCGGUUCCAGGCAUUAAACUUUACAGGCCAACAUUGUAAAGACAGACAGAUUUACUUUCCAAAAAUUACCCAACGUACAGUAACAGACCACAUCUGUGCAAAAAGUAUAAAAUUUAUAAAAAAAAAAAAAAAGUGUGUACGUAGUUCAGGUGAUUCAGUCUUUCAACACAAAAUGCUCUAAUAAUUUAAUGAUAAAAUACGUGUAACAGAAGAUUAUUUUUAUUAGCUACAAGCAUGGCUGGCUGUGGUAAUAGGAUGUUACAUCCAGAAAACCGUGUGGCGCUUCUUCUUUUAUUAUUGUAUUUUUUUUGUUGUUGUUUUUUUCUUUUUUUUUUUCUUUUAACCUACCUCGUUCUGUCUUUCUUUUGGAUGUCCUUUCUUCUUCAUCUGUUUAUUACAGCAUUCUUACUCCUUUAAGUACCUGCAGAGAUGUGUUGGUAACUGCCAGUGAAAUCCUGUUAGUCUCCUUCCUUAGAAAACAUAAAUACACUGAAUUUUAGACCGUAAGACGGCGGACUAUUCAAAACUUUGUUUGCACUCCGCUUGGACACUGAUGUACUGGAUAACUCUUCUAUAGCGGUCACAUGCCAGGAGGAGAAGAGUGUGGCACCUUGUGUCAUUUACAGUUUGGUUGCAGUUGUUUUUAUUUAGUGGCUGUGAUUGUACUUUCGCCGGGUGCUUUAAACAUUCUGUUGCUAACUGACAACCUUUUACCAGUAAAAUAAUAAAAAAUACACUGUUUCUUUAUUCUUUUUUUAUUGUGGGUUUUUUGGGAUACAGUAAUGAAAUAAAGGGAAUUUAUGUGUAAA